AUGGAAGAUUCGAUUUGGACCGAUUUAUGCAAACAGCCAAUACUCAAAGCGCCUUCUGGAAAGUAUGCUCAGCUUGUUCACGAUUCAACGGCACAACUCCAUCAAUCCCUUCAACCCAUCUUGUCAGCUCUGAAUCUACGCGCCAUUGGGUUUACAAAGUGCGCCAACUUUGAUGCUGCUCUUCGCGAUGCCAAGGUUUUGCAACAACUUGCACCUUCUUCAGCACUUGGAUACAUACGUGAAGCCGAUAUUUACAGUGAACGAGGACAACAGCUUCAAGUAAUUGAUGUCUGUGACAGGGGGAUGAUGAUGGUGGAUGCCAAGGAUACCCAGUAUGAUGUACUGAAACGAGCCAAAACCGAUGCUGAGCAGCGCCAGAACACGCGUAUCGACUUUAUCAGCCAAUUACCUCUCGACGUUGUUAUCACAAGCCUGAUUCCAAUGUUUAUGGAUGGUUAUUUACAUUGGGAUAAACGAUGCCCCUAUUUGUAUGUGUCCAACCUAUGGCGGGAUCGCGUUUUUCAGUGCUUGGAUGGUUCAGAAUUUGGCACUGUAUUUGAAGUCACCGAUCUUUCACAAGUCGUUCGGUUUGCUCGUCGUAUCAAGAUAUUGAGUGUUGGUGAAUACACUAGAGGCACAUGGCUUGGUAAUCUACUGCGCUAUAAUGACUUUGGCUCGCUACAAAAGUUAUACGUUCAGGACGUCUCGGCCCAUUGCGUUGAUUACUUGGUUUCAUCAUUAAUGUCCAUCAGCGGCACUUUGACGCAUUGUACAAUUGAGCUGGAAGGGGAUAGCAUGUUACCGAUAGGCGACAUUCUUCUCAACUGCUCCAAUCUGGAUUCGCUCGAGAUAGCUCAAACCUAUGCUCCAAGUAUCAGCACCCUUCCAAUGACGACAUGGCCCAAAUUAAGGACUUUGAUCAUCUUUACGAGUAGAAUAGGUAUGAUCACCAGUGAUGAGAUCAUAGCGAUUGGCAAGCGUUUUCCAUCACUCAAGAAGCUACAAUUGUCCCCGUGCGAAGAUGUGGAAUCAACACGCGUUGUCUUGGAGUAUUAUCCUUGGAUGAACGCCCUUCGCCUUGACACGUUUGGGUCAGGUUUCGCUAUUACUAUUGAUGAUGAUGGACCCCUAUUUAAAGAGGUUGGGAUUACGAGAUUCAAUGUGGCCCUUUCUGUUUUGGAGAAUGAUCCUUGGAAAGGUGUGAUCGAUAUACUAAGGCAGCAUCAACAAACGCUCGAAUUCAUCACCUUCUAUGCGAACAUUCCUGGUCAGCCCGAAGAGAUCUACAACAUUGAAUACGGGCGAUUGAAGAAGCUUCAUCUUUCCAAGUCUGGAUGGUGGAUACCGCACAACGCACCAAUGCUUGAGGAAUUGAAGAUAACAUGGUCCUCACUUACUUCAGAGUCUACCAUGCCUGAUACAACACCAUUACCGCCAAUGUUAAAGAAAAUGGAACUCAGCUUGUAUCCUGUAUUUGGUGAUGUCGACAAAGCGGCUCUUGAACAAUACAUUCAGCGAUUUGCCCACCAUUCCCAGUUGAAAGAACUUAUUGUUGCGUUUGACUACUCUAACGAUGUUGCCAAUGUGCUACAUGCAAUCCUUCACCUUGGCCAACUUGAACGUUUGAGGAUUGAAUGUAAAGGUGACUGGGAUUCCACUCAAAUGGAACGAUUCUUUGAUGGGCUUAGCAAAGGAUGUCCAAAUUUAUCGAGCCUCGGUAUCAGCUCCUGGAAAGCUCCAUCGACAUACGCAAUGAAUGCUUUGAAACGGCUUGUACAUUUGGAGGAAUUUGGGUUUUCAAUCAAGAACAUGGAUGACGACGAUGGCUUUUGGCAUGGAAUUCAAACCUUUCCGCAACUUAAAUGUAUCCAUGUCUAUGCUGGAAAUACAAAGAACAUGAGUCGUCUUCGGCGUCUACGAGAACAAAGGCCUGAUUUGAAGAUUGUUGUCACCAAACGGGUGACAUUCUGGUGA